AUGAAGAUUGGGCAAUUAUCGUUCUUGUUCAUGACACGUCUCCCAGGGCAAUGCCUCGUCGACUGCUGGCCUCAACUUGACGUUAAACAAAAACAAACUGUUCGUACUCUUCUCGACAAUAUGUGCCAGGAGCUACGGAGGUUUGAACUCCCUGCAGGGUUGGGAAUGGGCACGGUGCAAGAGCCACGAAGAUGCAAAGAUUGCCGAAGGCAACUCCGCAUCAGCCCUGGCCCAAUCUACACUGAAUCCCAGUUCAACGACUUUUUGGUUCUUUCAGACGUACCACGCCGUGUUUCUGAGGGAUAUCGUAAAUGGGUAUUCUCAAUGCUACGCACCGACCAUCGUAUCGUUUUCACGCACGGUGACCUUCAUCCGGGCAACAUCAUGAUAGAGGUUGGCAAUGAUGGACGUAUAACGCUGGGACUAGUGGACUGGGAAUUGGCUGGAUUCUACCCUGAAUAUUGGGAGAUGGUGAAGGCAUUUAACACGAGAACUAAGUAUGAUGACAGCGAUUGGUGGGAGUAUUUGCCACCUAGCAUUCUGGGUUACGAUUACGAUAUUCUAGUCGAUGAUUUCGUAGACCGUGCUUUCUUGCCUUCUUAG